AUGAAGGCGCCAGUUCCUGGAAUAAAACGCACCUUUUCCAUUGGGCUUGACGAGGACGAUUCAGAUGAUUUGGCCGAAGAUCUAGAUGGGCUAAAUCUGUCCUCAAAGAAGCACAACUUCAAGAAGAGGAUAACAGCCCCGCUGUUGCCACCAAGAACGGUCCCCAAUGAAUUCCAAGAUAGCAGAAACCCGCCAGGUGUCAGCACUGAAAAGAAGGAGGACGAACCAAACAGUCGCAGUGCGGAUGCGAAGCAGUUGAGGGAGUCUUUGCAGAGCUCGAUUGUUAGAGAGAAUCCUAAUGUUCAGUGGGAUGAUGUGGCUGGAUUGGAUGCUGCGAAAGAAGAGCUCCAAGAGGCUGUAGUACUCCCACUCAAGUUUCCCAAGAUGUUCAGUGGGAAGCGGAAGCCAAGGCGAGGAAUAUUGCUCUACGGACCGCCUGGAACGGGGAAGAGUUAUCUGGCCAAAGCUGUUGCGACCGAGGUAGAAUCGACACUGUUUAGUAUCAGCAGCAGCGAUGUCAUGUCUAAGUGGUAUGGGGAGAGCGAGCGACUCGUCAGGACCCUAUUUGAAAUGGCCCGCGAGCACAAGCCUUCGAUCAUCUUCAUCGACGAGCUCGACGCUCUCUGCGGCAACCGCGAUAGCGCAGGAUCAAACGAGCACACUUCUCGUAUGAAGACCGAACUCAUGGUCCAAAUCGAUGGAGUGGGCAACGACAAUACCGGCGUUCUGCUUCUUGCAGCCACAAAUCUGCCCUGGGCCCUUGAUCCGGCCAUGCGCCGCCGGUUUCAGCGGAAGAUCCAUAUUCCGCUCCCAGAUGAAGAGGCUAGAGUUCGCAUGUUCGAGAUACAUGUCGGUGAUAUCCCGUGCGGACUUGAACCGAAGGACUACGCGGAGCUCGGCAAACGAACGGCUGGUCUUUCGGGCAGCGAUAUCAGUAUUGCCGUCCAAGAUGCUCUUAUGCAGCCGGUCAAAAAGAUCUCGUCCUCCAAGUUCUGGCGCAAAGUCAACGUUAAGGGCAAGGAAAAAUGGACCCCAUGUAAAAAAGAUGAUCCUGGUGCAACGCCUAUGAAUUGGCGCAAGGUAUCGGUGUCUCAACUUCUUGAGCCCACAGUUGAGGUUGAGGAUUUCUUCAACGUCCUGGUUAAAGUCAAGCCUUCCGUUGCAGAGAGCGAGAUUGUGAAGUGUGUAGAGUGGACGAAGGAGUUUGGUUUGGAGGGAGCAUAA